AUGGUUUUAAUAACAGAGUAUUAUUACAUGUGUGAUACGGGUUAUCCAAAAGCGGAGGGAUUUCUCGGUCCGUACAGAGGCCAGCGAUACCACUUGCAAGAGUGGUGUAGUGCUGGAAAUGCACCAACAAAUUCAAAGGAGUACUUCAACAUGAAGCACUCUUCGGCAAGGAAUGUCAUUGAGCACACCUUCGGUGUUCUUAAGGGUCGUUGGGUCAUUCUUCAUGGAAAGUCGUACUAUCCCCUGCAAGUUCAGUGUCACACCAUUCUAGCAUGUUGCUUGCUUCACAAUGUAAUAAACAGAGAAAUGACAUAUUGCGAUGACGUUCACAACGUAGACGAGGGGGACUCCACGUAUGCGACGACCACCGCUACAGAAGACAUUCACUACAUUGAGACGAAAAAUGAGUGGUCUCAAUGGCACGACGAACUAGCUAAAUCGAUGUUCACAGAUUGA